UUAGGUGGAUAUGAGAAGUUUUUGCAUAAAAGUUGUAAAAUAUUGUCACUAACCCACCCCCACACACCCAUUUUAUUUCACACUGACAAAAGCUGAGAUGAAUGAGUUGUGUGGCCCUUCCCACUUUGUAUAGUCAUUGGCUGGCUUGGUUCUAAAAGGGAUUUUAAAAAGGGGAAUAAUGUGCCUUUGCCUGGGAUCUGGGACUGUCAGGGUGCUGAAAGGCUGAUCUGUGAGCUGCCACCAUGCAGAUCCCCUGGGCUGUGUGUGCUCUCUGUGUCGUGACACAAAUCACAUUUCAGCCUCUGCAAGGCUGGCAGAUGUUUAAAAAUGAUGCUACAGAAAUCAUUCCUGAGAUCGCUGAAAAUACAGAAACACCCAUGGAGCCGACUUACAGCAACAACAACACAAUGAACCAGGCAAAACAUGGAGGAAGACACAUACAGCAAGCUCCAGACCUUAACGACGCCGCCGGGCUCAGCUGCCGGGAGCAGCGCACCACCCGCUAUGUGACGGACGGGCCGUGCCGCAGCCUCAAGCCGGUCAAGGAGCUGCAGUGCUCGGGCCAGUGCGAGCCCUCGCACCUCCUGCCCAACUCCAUCGGCCGCGGCAAGUGGUGGCGGCAGAGCUCGCUGGAUUAUCGCUGCAUCCCCGCGCACACCCGCACCCAGCGCAUCCUGCUGGCCUGUCCCGAGCAGGAGACCCGGACUUACAAAUUCCGAGCCGUCACGUCCUGCAAGUGCAAGCGCUACACCCGCUACCACAACCAGUCCGAGCUCAAGGACUUCGGCAAGGACCCGGCCCGGCCCCAGAAGAACAAGAAGCCGCAUCUGGCCAGAGCCAGGAGCGGCAAACCCAACCAGCAGGAGCUGGAAAAUGCUUAUUAGGAGAGGUGGCUCCGGGUGACACAGACUGGCAGCUCGGGAUGUUUUCUAAACCAUCAAAAAGGCACUCAGAGGCCACAGCACGAUGUUCUGACUGCAGCGGGUUCAAUUCCUUCUGCUAAGCUGGGUCAAAGGCUCACGUAGGCAAAAAAUCAGAUUAUAGCAUUUAUGGUCUGAUAGGGAAUGAGAUGCAGCGAGCUGGAGGAACCCCCGGGGCUCCACGCGAGUUUGUGUGUCCUGAACGAGCAGGGAGGCAGAGGAAAGUGAAGCUGUUGUGACAAUCACGCUUUGCUAGAAAUCAUUCCACUCACUUCAUGUGAAAAGAAAAUUGAGAUUCCUCUCCCGGACAAUGGUGCAGGACAAGGUCGCAAUUAGGGAACACCAGGAGAGUUUGCACUCUCUGAAGGAGCUGUAGAAAGUCAGGGGGAGCAGAAUUUCACGUUAUGGUGAAUGAAAUCAAAUUGUUGGAAAAUUAACACACUAGCAGAUGUCCUCCUGCACCAGGUGUUUCCUCUCAAACACAGAAAUCAAAAUAUGACACUAGUGCACCCAACAGUGUGUCAAAUCUAUUUCAUACUUCUAAUUAAAAGAUUAUGGGGUCAACAAAUUCAAAACUGAGAUUUGGCAACUAAAACCAUAUUGAUUUAGGAACAAUAAUUUGCUUUAGAGACAAUUCAACAAAUUCUCCUAAGUGGAGCAGAUUUGUGAAGAAGAUGCUCCUCCCAAAGCAGAUAACCUCACUGAUGUUUGUCUGUAAACAGCUGACAUUACAUAUAGUUUAACAUAGAAAAUACUGAUUAUUCCUUAUUUCCUAGAACAAGUUUAACUUUACUAUCAGCCUAGAUACGUCCAUUUACAUUUUCUGUUCUGUAGAGUUUGGAUUAUCUGGCCACACACUCUUAUUGCACUAAAACUGUGCAAACCAAGCUCUGUGAGUAAGGUGAUGGUUCUGCAUUAAAAGUGAGCCUCUGCUAAGUCAGGAAUUCCUCUAGAAAAGUCUUUAGGAUGUGCAGCUUUAAUAAGUCUUUAGUUUGGCAGCAACUUUACCUAGCUUCUCAACACUCAGACUAAUGCUUGUGUUUUUACAUUAAAGAAUAUUGCUAGAAAGUGAAUUGUCACAUACUGUAUACAUCCUGUAGAAUUUAUGCUGAAAUAAUAUAAGCUGUGGAAAUUUGCAAUGUUGAUAGAUUUUUCAGUUAUUUUAUGUGGGACCAGAACCUAGAGAGAAAAGGUAUCAUUUCAGAGAGUGAAUUACAUAUUUAUUUUUUUUUCCCAGAAAUUAUUUAUGCAAUGUUUUAACUUUUAGAGAACUAGAAGUAAUACUGCUUUAAAAAUAUUAGUCUGUUAUUUUUAAUUUUAAAUACAUUGUUAAUAAAGUAGAAACAAUGACUAAUUAUAGAAAGACUCAUUGAUUUUCAGCUACAGUAUAAAGCUGAUUUCCUGCAAAGCCAGAGAUUUCCAGAACAGUCAGGGUGUCAAGUCCAGUUUCUAUGAUCAAAAGUGCCAAAAUCUUUAAUCCUAACAACCUACACAUCCCUAAAGAAUUUCCAUCCUAGAACUCCUUGCUCUGGUACAGGGUGUUUCUCAUGGAAAAACU